CGCGCGGCGGCCGGCAUGGCGCUCUUCCACGUCGCGCGGUACUCGGGCCCCGAGGCGGCCGGGGCGGAGGCCGAGGCCGAGGCGGACGGCCGGGCUCGCGCGCUGCUGGAGCGGCUGCGGUGCCGGGCCCGAGAGCGGCAGCUGCAGAAGCAGCCGCCGCAGCAAGAGCCCUCGGAGACCGCGCAGACCGCGCAGGCGGCGGGGAAGCGGCGACGGCGGCCGCGCAGAACGCGGAGGCGCAAGAGCGGCGGGGCGCCGGGAAGCCCGCACGCACCUCCCUCCAAGCGGCGGAAGGCGGACAACGAGGAUGAGGACGCGGGCGCAGGUGGGGCCUCGCGGGGCGGGGCGGGGCCCUGGGACUCGGGACCGCGUGGGGCUGACGCGCCGCCCCGCCCCCGCUUCUGCCGCGCAGAGAGCAGCGAGGAGGCGCCGGCGGGGAACAGCGUGGGAGCCGAAGCCGCGGGGUCGCCGGAGGGCCAGGGCGGACCGCCCCCCGAAGAGGCCUCUGGUCCCCCAGCCCACGCCCUGGUGCUCGGGGGCUUCGGGAGGAGCAAGGCGCCGAAGGUCCAGCCUUUCCUGCCAGCGUGGCUGGCUGAGCCAAGCUGCGUUGGAAAGAAUGUCACCGAAGGCCUGGUGUCUAUCGAGGAUAUCCCGGAAGUCCACCCGGACCUGCAGAAGAGGCUGCGGGCUCAGGGCAUCUCGUCUUACUUCCCAGUGCAGGCAGCAGUGAUUCCCGCUCUUCUGGAGAGCACAGCCCACGGGUUUCUGGUAAGCAGAGGCGGCUACCGGCCUAGCGACCUCUGUGUUUCUGCCCCAACGGGCAGUGGGAAGACCCUGGCCUUCGUCAUCCCCGUGGUGCAGGCCCUGCUGCGGCGAGCCGUGUGCCAGGUUCGUGCCCUGGUUGUGCUGCCGACCAAGGAGCUGGCCCAGCAGGUGAGCAACGUGUUCAGUGUCUACGCAGACGCCACUCCUCUGCGGGUCGCCCUGCUCACCGGGCAGAAGUCGCUGGCCAAGGAGCAGGAGAGCCUCGUGCAGGACACAGCACACGGCUUCCGCUGCCUGGCAGACAUCGUGGUGGCCACGCCUGGCCGCCUGGUGGACCACGUCGAGCAGACCCCGGGAUUCGGCCUCCAGCACCUCCGCUUCCUGGUCAUCGACGAGGCCGACCGCGUGAUAGACAGCAUGCACCAGUCCUGGCUGCCGCGGGUGCUGGCCGCGGCCUUUCCCAGGGAGGGCACUAGGGGCCCCUUUGCUCUGCUCCAGAGAACGCAGCCGCGGGCUGUGACUGCAGCCAGCGUCUGCUGCCCCCAGAUGCCACUGCAGAAGCUACUCUUCUCGGCCACGCUGACCCAGAACCCCGAAAAGCUGCAGCAGCUCGGCCUCUACCGGCCCCGGCUCUUUUCCACGGGGUCGGCGCACGGGGGCCCCCGAGACCGCGCCGCGGACGGGGACGGGGACGGGGACGGGGACUCGGGUGGGAAGUACGCCUUCCCUGCGGGGCUCACGCAUCGCUACGUGCCCUGCAGCCUCCGCCUCAAGCCGUUGGUCGUCCUGCACCUGAUCCUGGAGAUGAAUCUCUCAAGGGUUCUGUGUUUCACCAACUCCCGCGAGAAUUCCCACAGGCUGUUCCUGCUGGUCCAGGCGUUCGGGGGCGUGCGCGUGGCCGAGUUCUCCUCCCGCUACGGGCCUGGCUCCAGGAAGCGGAUCUUGAAGCGGUUUCAGCAGGGGAAGAUCCAGCUCCUCAUCAGCACCGACGCCACGGCCCGCGGCAUCGACGUGCAGGGCGUGCAGCUGGUGGUGAACUACGACGCCCCCCAGUACCUGCGGACCUACGUGCACCGGGUUGGAAGAACCGCCCGCGCCGGAAAAUCCGGACAGGCCUUCACGCUGCUCCUCAAGGUGCAGGAGAGGAGGUUUGUCCGGAUGCUCAGGGAAGGCGGGGUGCCCGGGCUGGAGCGGCACGACGCCCCCAGUGAGCUCCUGCAGCCGCUGGCCCCGCGGUACCAGGAGGCCCUGUCCCAGCUGGAGAGCGCCGUCAGGGAGGAGCGGAAGCAGAAAGCAGCCUAGGCCGGGGUCGGGACGGAGCGGCGGGGGGGCCUCCCCUCCCGGCGGGGCAGCCGCCUCCUUUCCGGAGACAUCCUGAGCGCCGGUUGCCAGACGCAUGAGCAGGAGACGGGGCUUCCUCAGCUGAGAGAGCCUCGGUCCCCAAGCGCGCCGCUGCCCUGGGCCCGGCCCCCUGGACACACGGCUCUGGCCCCGGCCUGAGACCUUCCAGGGGGCACAAGGUCAGCCCCGUCGGGUGGUCUUUCUGGAAACAAGGCUCCAGCGAAACUGUUUACACUCCCCCGGAACUGACGGGGUGGCAUCUGCCAUGCAUUAGGCUGUAAGUUGGGGAUCAGCCUUGAGGUACCUUCAGGAAUUCAGUUUUUCUAACAGCGUGAGCCACCACCCUGCGUGGGAGAGGUGGCUCUGGGUCCCUCGCUGUUGGGGUGAACUGCCGGCCGCUAAGUAGCCGUUCCCCGCGCGGCGUUGCAGAGACCAGAGGAUGCGCUGCGUGGUCAUCGUAGCUGUACUUCACGAUUAGUCACCGCGCGUGUAAGACGAGCGUCCCGGAAACAGGCUUCAAAGCACUGACCGCCGUCUCUGAGAAAGCCUCGUUUCCAAAACUCACGUGUUGACAGAGCCUUAAUGGGAAUGAACCGCGGCUCCUCGUGUCGGCAGAAUAACCGCCCAUGAGUCCUGGCGUCCCGUGUGCUCGCUGUCGCCCGAGUGGACGUCAUGGGGCGGAGUGGGCAGCUUACGGGAGAGCACGCGGACCAGGGCUCGGGUCGCGCCAGCCCGGACCUCUCGGGGCUGUAAACGCACUCUGCAUACCGAACCUACUCACAUUUCAGUCCAGGCUUCGCACGGGACCCGGGGGGAUGGCACAGCCAUGCACGGCCUCUGAGAGGCAGCUUACCGGUCUGUGGAUUGUAUCUCAAUAAAACAUCUGUUUGUUUAAAAACAAA